AGCGAUCUGUUCGAUGAAAUCGAUCUCUCCAAUUUGUGCUUUGCGGAGUGCAGUACGAAGAAUGCAAACCAUAGCUUCCAGUUAAUUACACCUACCAGAUCGCUAGUGCUGUGUGCGGAAUCACGCCGAGAAAUGGAGGACUGGCUGCAGGCCCUGAAGGCUGCUUCGGCACGCGAAUUUUUCGAACCAGGCCCACCGGAUCAACAUGAUUUCCUCUCCGGUCACCAUCAUUGGUACGCAACGUCUCAUGCACGGCCUACGUACUGCAACGUCUGCCGGGAGGCACUGUCUGGCGUUACUUCCCACGGGCUGUCCUGUGAGGUGUGCAAAUGCAAGGUGCAUAAACGGUGCGCUGCAAAGGCAAUAUCAAACUGCAAAUGGACAACGCUCGCCAGCGUCGGCAAGGAUAUCAUCGAGGAUAACGAUGGGAACAUCGUGAUGCCCCACCAGUGGAUGGAGGGCAAUCUCCCCGUUUCGUCCAAAUGUUUGGUGUGCGACAAGACGUGCGGUUCCGUGAUGCGUCUGCAAGACUGGCGAUGUCUCUGGUGUCGCUCAACGGUGCACACCGCCUGCCGGCCCCAGGCACCGAAUUCGUGCCCACUAGGUCCCGCGCGCGUAUCCAUGGUCCCACCGACAUCACUGCAUUCGAUCGGGCUGGACGAGGCGUGGGACGUCUGCAAGCCGCACGGCAGCUUCUCGCCACUGCUCGUGUUCGUGAACUCGAAGUCGGGAGACAACCAGGGGGUGAAGUUUCUGCGCCGCUUCAAGCAGCUCCUCAAUCCGGCCCAAGUAUUUGAUCUCAUCUCGAGCGGUCCUGGCCUCGGGCUGCGUCUGUUUCGUCAUUUCGAUCCGUUUCGCAUACUGAUCUGCUCGGGCGACGGAUCCGUCGGCUGGGUGCUUAGCGAGAUAGACCAUCUAAACAUGCAAAAACAAUGCCAAAUAGCAGUCCUUCCGCUGGGAACGGGAAACGAUCUGGCACGAGUCCUUGGCUGGGGAAGCUCCUGCGAUGAUGACGCACACCUGCCGCAGCUUCUGGAACGGUACGAGAAGGCCAGCACUAAGAUGCUUGACAGAUGGAGUGUAAUGGUAUUUGAGCGCGAUAUUGGCAUCGCAACAACGCGGACCCCGAAGAUGUCGAUCUCGCACUACGCCGAUCCGCUGCUAUCACAGUACGAGGACAGCGCACUGUGGCAUCUGCAGUCAAUUGUGUACAACGAAGACACGCAAAUGAUGAUACAAUCGACGAGAAUCCUAUGCGAAACGGUCAACGACUUUAUCGCUAGAGUAAGGGAAACCAGCUCCGACGAAGAGCAAUUAAGCGUCAAAUGUGAUAUUUUAAGACAAAAGUUAGGAAUGUUAUUAGAUACUCUGAAGGAUGAGGAAGCUGGUCUUCACGGUGACGACGAAUUAUUUAGAACACUGAAAGAAAUUGCUCAAAAAAGUGCCUCAGAAAGACCAAUAGAUACAAAAACAAUAGAGAAAAACGAGAAAGAUAAACUGAAUUCCAAAGAGCGCAUCAGUAGAAUAGACCGUCGUUCGGAAAAGGAAGCACUUUUAUGCCGGGCCAACAGCCUCAAGCGAGCAAUACAUGAAGUGGUGGAGAUGAGCGAAAAAGUAAUACCGUACGCACCACAGAAGCGCCUUUCCGUGCCUAUGAACACACUUAGAGCCACCGCUUCCUCAUCGGACAAUUCCGCCAACACAUCGCCGGCAACGUUGCCACCACCUCCCGGCAUGAUAUCGCCCUCGGUGUCUACAUCACGAUUGACCUGCAUUUCACCCCUGCCAGAUAUGCGGCGCGAUUCGAUGGAUGAACACUUUUUCAGCACCCUCAAUCUACCGGUUCCGAAACAGUUUGCCGACGGUGGCAGUCGCCGAAGCUCGGGCGUACCGGAGUCGUAUCGCAUCUCCAGCAUCGAGGAGCUGGAAGAGAACAGCAUUCACACGGAGCCAAAAAUGGCGGAACCCAUCCUCGAACCACCGCUGGAGGGUGAGUCUGAACUGGCGACCGACAAUCAGGCCAGGGAUCAGGAUGAUACGUUGAACCAAAAAUCCACGACCACCACGACGUCCGAUUCACAGUCCACGACCGCACCGUACGACUUUUCUUUCGAGUCGGACACGAAGACGGUUAAGUUUGAUCUUGACCCGAACAGCGCGUUCGAGCGGUUAGGGUUUAAACCGUUUAAGAAAACGAUCGAACAGCAUCACCAGCAGCAGAUGGCUGGGUUGGGCAAUGGGCAUCACCGUAGCGAAGGUGGCUACAUGCAGUUUCAACCUAUUGAAGUGUACGAGCGUAAUUAUUAUCGCACCCAAGCGCAACGCUUGAGCGCCACCGGUACGUGCAAGGUUGGUCUGGCUGGUUCGGAACCGACGUCAUCGAAACCUGGCUCGUCGUGCAAUAUGCUGCAGGUGCCCACUAUUUGCAUUCCGAGUCUUGAAAAACCACCGGAGAACAUCUAUUUUAGUGAAAACAUUACUAUCAUCGAUACGGACAUGCCGGAACGAUCGUCUUCGGAUGAGGUACCCGGCGAUGGCAGUGAUAUCCUAUCAGCAAUAAGCAACGAAGAAUGUAGCGUUACGUCGGAGAUACUCGACAGACAAUCAGAUAACAACUCGCAGGUGCAUGUAGGAGAUAUUAUACAGGACUUGGACAACGACCGCUUCAGCCAUAUCGAUUCGCCGGAAACAAGCGACACAACGGAAGCGUUACACGGCGAAAGCCUGAUGGAUGACAUAAGCUCAGUGCUGGGACAGGAUUUGCUUGGAGCGUUACAGGAUAAUACGAUCACGGAAGACACCACCACCCUGUGCACGCUGGAUCACACGAAGCGCAGAAGCUUCAAGGCAAAGCAGCAGCGCAACGACGCCGUCGAGCUUGAGCAGUGCGGGUUCGAGAACCGUGUGUUCGAUAUCGACAACCGGUGCGAUGAUCAGAAAGUGAAGGAACCCCGAUUUUGCAGCUUGGCCAAGUUCGUGGAAGGGAACGAUAUAGCGCGCAAGAGCUUCAAACGACCGCACCGGGGCAUGACGCGUAGCCUCGGGACAGGAUUCACCAACCGGCUGUCGGUCGGCGAGAAUGAGUACGAAAACAUUAAAACAUUUGCGCGCAACUUGCUACCGAUACACGGCUCACCAUCGGAUAUGUCUGUGUCGGAAACGGAUACGGUGCGCUCGUCUGGCUUCGAGUAUAAGAAGCUGGUGUCUGCGGCCAAUCCGGAAGAUGAAGAUGAAAGUCUGCCAGAUGAUGAUUUAGGCGAGCGAUCAUCUACCGACAAUGACGAACCGCAGGGUCAUGCACACGCGGCGGAAGAUGAUGAUGAUGACGAGGAGGAGGAAGAAAAGGAAGAUGAUGAAGAGGAUGGGCGUGCGGAUGAGGAUGAUGACGGUGAAGACAAACAGGUUGAUCACGAUGAGCACGAGAAGGAUGAUCGAAGCGAGAAAAGCUUCCGGUUACCGUGCAUCCCAACGAUCAACGUGGUAGUGGAGCCACCGUCUCCUGCCAUUAGCGAUGAAUUGCGAUCGCUACGGGUGCCGGAGAUACGGCGCCACUCGGAGCACACGCCGAAUCUGCUGGCGCCGCGCGAAAUCGACAUCAAUCGCCGGCACUCGAACAACAAUCCAAAUCUGUUGGGUUUCGAUUCGGAACACAUUCGCUUCCUAAACUGCUCCCCAGCUGCAUCGCGGCGCAUUAGCAGUGGCAGCUUGCUGUUUAAACCGGAGGGUCUGGGUAGCUCCAAGAGUAACAUCUUCAGCUCCAACCUGGGACUGUUUAAUCUGGACAAGGACUCUGAUGGCAGGGAGGACAGGAAGAAGGAGGAAAAGGAAGAGCGAGUGAAGAAGCUACCCAUCAUCAACCCUCUCGUCCGAUUGCCGUCCUGGCCAAAUGUAAGCACUGGAACCGGUUUCAUAUCGAAGUGUUUGCUCGCUAAUGCCGACACCUUGUGCGCUGCCGUAAGUCCACUGAUGGAUCCGGACGAGACCCUGCUCGAAGGAUAUUACGAGAAGGCGGUAAUGAACAACUACUUUGGCAUUGGCAUUGAUGCGAAGAUUUCGCUCGAUUUCCACAACAAGCGGGAGGAGCAUCCGGAGAAGUGCCGAUCGCGUGCCAAGAACUACAUGUGGUACGGUGUGCUUGGGUCGAAACAAUGGUUGCAAAAAACGUACAAAAACCUGGAACAGAAGGUACAGCUCGAGUGUGACGGACAGCGCAUUCCGCUGCCUUCGCUGCAGGGCAUCGUAGUGCUGAACAUUCCCAGCUUUAUGGGCGGUACAAACUUCUGGGGCAGUAAGAAGGAGGACGACUGCUUCCUGGCACAGAGUUUCGACGAUCGCAUACUGGAGGUAGUGGCAGUGUUCGGAUCCGUGCAGAUGGCUGCGUCACGGCUUAUCAACCUACAGCAUCACCGGAUAGCUCAGUGUCAGAGCGUUCAGAUUAAUAUUCUCGGUGAAGAAUGCGUUCCGAUACAGGUGGACGGAGAGGCCUGGUUGCAACCGCCAGGCAUGAUCCGGAUCAUACACAAGAAUCGCGUGCAAAUGCUGUGCCGCAAUCGUAGCCUUGAGGUGUCGCUGAAGAGCUGGCAGGAGAAGCAACGUCAGCAUAGUAUCAGCAUCGCACGGGAACAACCAUCAACCGCGUCCGAGCAUCACGUCGCUCCUUCCGAGGAUAUGUUUUCGGAGCGUGAAACGUAUCUGCUGCUGAACUUCAUCGAAUGUGUCAGCACGCUGGUAAAGUGGGUGAAGUUUCUUAUCAUAUCACACCCAUCGCUGCAGCCGAACCUUUACGUUGUGGCCUCAAAGACAGCGGAUGCGCUGGAGUCCAUCCAUCCGGGUGGCAAAAUCAUCGAGGGACCAAAUCUUCGCCGGCAGCUAACACAGUUGGUUCGAUGCGCUAGACAGCUGUACGAGGAUACGUGUGAACUGUUGAGAGAGCGCAGCCAUAGUCUGAUACUCCGCGAAGAUCUGGAGACGAAGCUAAGUGUUUCGCUGGCAAACAUGGAAAUGGAACUUGGUAAGUGCACGCUGCAGCAAUCGUCCGAGACCGGUGAGACAAGGGUGUAUCUGAACGUGUUGGCACCGAACGAAGAAAUCGAUCAUCGCAAAAAACAAAAGCCGUUCUGGUUGCGGUUCCGCAGCGGGCACAGCUCCCAUCACGGUCCGGCAGCAACGGGAACUGUAUCGAAGGCAGCAACAACAUCACGUGAGACGGUCAGUAACUGGGGUGUGGGCGAGGUAGUUACAUGGUUGGAAGCGAUGCAGUUGUCGGAGUACGUGGACAGCUUCAUCAAGAAUGACAUACGCGGAAAGGAGCUGCUCACACUGGCGCGCCGUGAUUUGAAGGACCUAGGCGUAACCAAAGUCGGGCACGUGAAGCGUAUUCUGCAAGCAAUCAAAGACCUAGGAACUGGGUAGAUGUGCGACAACAGCGAUGAUGCUUCGCUAACGAUCGAUGCAUACACAUAACGAAUCAUCACGCUAUGAAACGAAACGAACGAAAAAUCCACCAUUGGAUGUGAUUUCGGCGCAGAUAAGAUCUCAGCCUCGGCGAACGAUGGACAGUAUAUCUAACAGGAAUGUAAGAGACAUAACUUAAAACUUCGAUAAAAGCAACUAAAAGACUUUGGUAUCUGUCGUAUUUAGUAGCGAACGCAACGUAAUCUACCAUAAGGGGUAUAUACCAGCAUAAGAGUAGAUUGAUAAGGAAAUGCUGCUGACCGGCUGAUUCAGAAUUUUUGUACCCUUCCCAACUGAUUUAGCAAUGGCAGUAAACAUAGUUGCGGCCUUUUUUCCAUCCCUUUCUUCAACGGCCAUAGACAUCUCUGCCAGCAACUAUUGCGAUGGUACAACCCGAAGCAAGAAAAAAGGAUGCAUUAUCGCUGUGAAGAGGUAAAGCAAAACACACGAUACAAGGUCGUGACGACGUAAGCAAAUCACUUAUUGUAUAACAUAUUCCGACUACAAGAUGUCGUUAUGCGUAACAUCUUACACGUCGCAUAGGUUAAUCGUAAAUAUGAUGAGCUGUUGAUUGUGUGUAAUUUAGUUUCUUCCCUUUGAUCGUUGCUUGGCCGUGGUCCCGGAAUACGAUUGUAUAGAUCGUAAAGAACGCAGAGGAAAAUCUGUUCCCAGAUUCGGAUACGCUUUCACAACUUCGGCUCGAUGGAUCGAUUCGUCCAUUGUGCAUGACGAGUCAUGCUGUGUAUGACUAAAAUCUCAAAAACAAAACGCUAAACUCGUGUCGUUCGCGGUGAGCAAACACUUCUGUCGAACAGUAACAAACAGUGCGGUCGGUACACGAGCGGUCGUCAUCCUUUUUGUGUUCCUGUUUAGUACUGUUGAAUGUUUACUAUGUACGGAUUAGGUAUAUUGGAUGGAGCAAGACGCGUGUUAGUUGUGAUAAGUGAAUAUUAUUGAGUAGAAAUAUCGUAAUAGCGUAAUCUACAUUAAUAGUCGAGUGGACUUUAGUUAACCGAGCACAACCACUAACCAUUGGAACCAGUCAGCCCAAAGAAAAGGGUAAAUGUUAUCUCAUCGAAUAUAAACAAAACAGAUCAAAGCAAGCUACUUAUACACUUUACAUGAUUAAAUAUACAGAACGUAAGGAUAUACUAAGUCUUAUACAAAUAAUAGAAUAUACAUAUACAAUUAGAUUGUAACCCUAUCUAUGCGUAAACAAAUGCGCAAUCACCGCAGAAUAAGUGAACCGAUCAUGUAAAUUGUAUGAUGUCGGUAAUCUUCAGACAAAACCAAAAAGCAAACAAACAAACCAAAACAAAAAAAAACAAACAAUCGAUCCUGGAUGCAUUAAAAACAGAAGAGUUAAACCUAUGCAAUUAAAUCGUAUAAUAAAACAACUAAUGUCUAAAAACACUAACGGUCCCAACUACUAAAGAUUACAUUUCCAAUCAAUUUAUCAAUGUGACCGAAUAAGACCAGAUUUUAAUCAGAACGAUCGAGAAGCAUUUGAUCGAGGCCGUUCCGGAGAGAGAGAGUUUCUGGAGAGAAUAUGAACAUAAAAGCGAUUCAAUUUUCAGUAGACAUUGUAGCAUCAUAGUUAUCAUAAAUCAAUCGUUUGUGUUUAUAUUAAAAAGAGUUAUCUAAACAAAAAAAAGAAAGAGAGAGAGAGAGAGAUAGAGAGAGAGAGAGAGUGGGAGAAAAACAACAUAAAAGGAUAAACAUUAACAGUAAAGAAGAUAACAGACGAUAAAGCUAUCAAGUAUAGAUCUCAAUUGAAACAAAAAUACGCUUUCCGCAAUCGGGAUGUUUUCCAUUCGAAAGACAAUCGUAGUAUGUGUAGUUGAAAGUUGAAUUAAAAGUUGAUAAGAAACGUAAAAUAACAAAAUCACAACAUCACACAACCUUCGUACACACUUUAAAAAAAAAGUUUUACGGGCAAAUUAAAACCAAAAUUAAUACCUUUAUAGAGUAGUAGCGCGGUUAUUAAGCGAUUAAACGUAGAAAUGAUGUACUGUUACCUGUAAUUGGUGAGUAGUUCUUAAAGCAAGUGUUUAUCCGCGAUGGGCGCGACAGUUAUGUAAUAUGAUCUUCUAUUUGGAGUUUCUGUUGUGUUUCAACAUGUAUGUGUGUGUUUGUGUGUGUGUGUGUGUGUUUGUGUGAAUGUAGCCUAAAAGGCUGAAGAGAAGAAAACAAAACAAUGCUAUUGGACGCCUUUUUUUCUAGACUUUUAUCAUCGAUCUCAAGCAAGAGAUUUACAAGACUUCCACUGUGGAAACCUAACUGUCUUUACGUUAAGCAUUAAUUAUUGCUGGGGUAUGGAGGAUAAAUAAAAGAGCACAGGAGGAAAAUACUGUGCAGGAGCUAAUGGACGAAUGGAGCAUGAUGCGGUAGAAUGUAUCACGUCGAUGCCUAGAAUCGGGAGAAGCGAUAUUAAAACGGAUGCCUACGGAUGCAGGACGUUUCAAUUAUGAAAAAAGUUUACUGAACCAUAAAGGAACAUUUAACAAUUAAACUAAACACUGAGCAAAUAUAAGCUGUAGCAACUUCUUAUCGAUAUUGGCAAUUUGUUAGUAGCGAAACAGAUGGAUGUUGAUCAUUGACUGUUUCGCGAUAGAUGUUGGUAGUAUCUCUAGUAGUGAUAUGGAUAGGUUACGCAAAACAAAACGAAAUCAUUUAAUCAUCAUCGAGCCUGCCUAUAAUAUGCGGUGGACAUAAGACCAUGCAUCCGGAUUACAACCACCGUAAAUUUCCAUUAAAAAAAAAAACAGUUGUUUAGAACUUGCUAAGUUUCAUCGGAUGAUAGUGUAAGUGUUCCGGGAUGGAAAAACAAAACAAAACAAAACCCAGCAAGAACAAUCAUCGAAGGUGUGCUGUAAGAACGUUUCGCUCAUUUUGUUGGAAUGCUUUCCAUUUAACAUGUCCCUUACCCGCACAGCAAUAGUGGCCUCUCGAUUGGGCACACACUACUGCAAUAAGAAACGCUGUCAAAAUAGUAAUUUAGUUUAGCACACUUUUGUGCAGCAGCAGCAGCAACGAACGAGGCCAACAAUUUACCAUUAGCAUAGCACACAGCGCAUGAGUUGCUUUCGUGACGCAUGACUUAAAGGAAGGGAAAAAGUAAAUCAUUAAUGAGCAAUAUCGAUCAUUUCAGUGCAGUCGGCAAUACUUUACUUGCAGUUCCGUUGAUUCGUUGGAAUGGAAUACAAUUUUCCCAACGCCAAACGCGCGCGGUAAUGUUUGAAUGUUGCUUCAGCUAUCGUGAACGCGGGCGGGCGAUAGUGCCGUACGCAAUAAGAUGAAAUUUCUCUGCAAUUGAUGAUUGAGAUGCAAUAUGGCUACGCAUGGCUUAAUUAGAAUAACCCACAAACCUUGUAACCUUGCCCUGGAGGCAUUAAUUGUAUCAUUGUAGUUGUAACUGUAAGCAAAUGAUGGAAGGUUAGCAUGCGGACGGUGGCGAACUUGAAACGUAUCAACAACCCAACCCUAUCUGUUUGGUGUCGAUUCUUUGUUUAAGCACCGCGUCUAGAUACGUCUAGUUGAGAAGUCAGUCACGUAUUGAAUAAUGCAGUUUAUAUCGAUUAAGCUUAGCUUACCUGUUGGGUGCAUUAGUUAAUGUUUUGUGUUUAGCUACUUGUUCUAGGCUGCAGCAUAUAAUACGUUAGGGGAAGGUGCAUGCGAACAGAAUGGGCCAUAAAACGAGUAAGCAAAGUCACACAUGCUGCGAUCAGUGGGUCAAUCACAGCUGGUGAAAUAAUCUUACCAAACAUAGACCAACUAAAUGCAAACGGUGGCAUGUGCUGCAGAGUGAGGCGUGGAGGAGGCAUGUUUUCCUGUUCAGCAGAAACACAAUUUCUGACCACCUGUAAUACCUGGCCACGCAAUUUCUUUAAAGCGCACCACGCACAACGGACCAAUCCAAAUCAAACCAGCAACCAGGAUACAAACAAACGUAACUAAAAUAGAGCCUGUCUGCGCUUCAUACCCGCCCAAUUGACCAAGCUAGUCACUAGUGCAUCUAGACUAACGCUCAAUUGCGGUACGUAAAAGCUAUCCUAUCCAUAGCAGUUCUUUGCAGAAAUGAGCUCAAGCCAAAACCAGUGCAACAGUUUACAGAACGCCAUUGCGCAAUGGUUAUGAACAUGUUAAGAACAAUUCACAUCGUAAUUACGUUUCGUCUGAUUGUACAACGCAACAUAACGCAGUCGAGUACUACGGGUAUUAACAAAUACAAAAAGUGUACGCAUUUCACAGCUAAACCUUACGGCAUUGAAACUGAGAGACGAUAAACCGGUACCAGCUAUCGAAUAGAUACGACGAUUCAAUUCAUUAUUUUAUAAUUGCAUUUAAGCUAUGAAAUGGACAUCGAAGUGUAGGAAACCUGCGAGCGCUUCCGAGCGAUGGGAAAUAGUUUUGAGUUUUGGAUUGUUUUACUACGGUUAUUUGUUUACUGUAAUUAUUAUUGAAAUCGUAAGUGAUGUUUUGAACUUUAUGCUUUCACCCCCGGCAGUUGGUUACUUUAAACAAUUCUUCCAGCAGACGUUUACUUCUACAUAGUCCCGCUGUAUGAUGCAGCAUUAGAUAUUAGAUGCGUACAGUUUAUAAUACAU